AGUAAACACUAAUCAAUUUAUAUUUUUUCGCUGAAAAUGAUAAAAGAUGGCCCCUAGGAAAAUCGUAAAAACUGCAAUAAAGUCAACACCUCUUUAUUUCCCUCCUCUCACCCGAUGCGGUUUUUUGCUUCCAACUUCAUUACUUCAACUCUGUUCUGUUCUGUUCUGUUCUUCUUCCCUCUGCUCUCGAUUUUUUCAUUAGCGCCAAUGCACCAUUGAGAUCCACAGAAGAAACUCAAAGCUUGAAUUGAAACCCAUUGUUUGGUAGCACUGUCCAUCUUCCAAUGGGUAACCGAAUGGGUAAACUCUGCGUCUGCUCCUCCGACACUGCCGGAGAAAUCUCCGGCAGAUUCGACAACGGGAUAACCUUCCUCUCCGAUUCACAUGACAAAGCUCUUGGAGACUCCAUCUGCUAUGUGAGACCAGACAAUUCUCACUUCUCCCGUGGCGGCGGCGGCAAUGUGUUUUCGGACGGCAACGCCACCUUCGUUACUUUCCGGUCUGUGUCCGGGGCCACCGUGAGUGCAAACACGUCGUCAACGCCUUCGACCUGCCUUGAUGAUUCUGUUCAGCAAGAGACAGCUUUGGAUUCCUCUGCUUCAUUUGAGAGUUCAGGUUCCUUCGCUUCCACAACCAUGACAACCUCAAUAAUGGUGCCUCUGCAACCGCAACAACACUCUCCUGCUGAUGGAUUCUUUAUUCAUACCUUUCCAAAGAGCCCGUUGAAUAAUCGUGUCUCGAACGGUCAAUUAGGUGAUGAGAAAGCUUAUGGUUAUGAACAUGCCAAUAACAAAACAUGUGGGCGAAGUUUGAAGAAGUUGCUGAGUGGAUCGUUUCUCCCCAAGGAGAAGAGACCGAUUUUCAAGAACAACGGGAAUGCUAACGCCAGAGUGGGUUGUAGCACAAAUUUGAGUGAUGAACCAAAGUUUCAUAACGUUGUUGUUGUUGAUGAUGAUGAUGAUGAUGACGAUGAUAAGUGUAAUUUGUCAAAGGGCUGUCAGAACUUGCAUUGGGCUCAUGGUAGAGCUGGCGAGGAUCGUUUACAUAUCGUGAUUUGCGAGGAUCAUGGGUGGAUUUAUGUUGGGAUUUACGAUGGAUUCAAUGGUCCUGAUGCCACUGACUAUCUUCUGAACAAUUUGUUUUAUGCUGUUUAUGAAGAACUCAAGAAGAUACUGGGUUGUCAAGGUUCCAAAUCGUUGGUGGAUGGUGGUUCUUAUUCUUCCUCAAGUUUCAAUAAAGAAAACAAUCCAAUAGGAAAUGGAAACUUGAAAGUAGAGAGAAGGAAUAGCAGAAAUUGCAAGAAAGAGGUGAAACUGAACAUAGAAAACAUGGUGGAGGCUAAAAUGAUUCUUGAGAAUGCGAAAUUGAGUGAGUGGGAUGUUUUGCAAGGUCUUUCAAAGGCGCUGAGGAUAACGGAGGCUGCGUUUCUUAAGAGUUCAGAUGAGAUGAUAGCUCAAAAUCCGGUGUUGGCUAUGAUGGGUUCUUGUGUGUUGGUUAUGUUGAUGAAGGGGGAAGAUGUGUACUUGAUGAAUGUUGGAGAUAGCCGAGCUGUGUUGGCAACUCAUAAUGGGAAUUCUCUUCAGCUUACUAUGGAGCAUAGCACUCAUGUCAAAGAGGAGGUUCGUAGAAUAUGGAGGGAGCAUCCAGAUGACCCUUCUGCUGUAACUAAAGGAAGGGUUAAAGGUUACUUGAAUGUCACAAGGGCUUUUGGAGCCGGCUUCCUUAAGCAGCCUAAACAAAACAAUGCAGUGUUGGAGACAUUCAAAGUGAACUACAUUGGAGACUCCCCAUACAUUACAUGCUGCCCUUCACUCCACCACCAUAGGCUCGGUCCAAAUGACAAAUUCCUCUUACUCUCUUCUGAUGGAAUUUUUCAAUACUUCACCAAUGAAGAAGCAAUUUUUAAAGUGGACUAUUUCAUCACUAUGUUCCCAGACAUAGAUCCUGCACAACUUCUCAUUGAAGAAACACUGCACAGAGCAGCCAAAAAAGCUGGUAUGAAUUUCCAUGAGUUGCUUGAUAUCCCACAAGGAGAAACACGACUUUACCAUGAUGACAUUUCUAUUGUCAUAAUCUCUUUGGAGGGAAAAAUAUGGCGUUCGACAGUAUAAAAUAUUCACAUAAAACAAAUGGUAUAAUUAACAACUAAGUGACUAACUACACUAAUACCGAGAGUUUUAGCAGAUUCCUUUUAUUUUCUCUCCCGAUUUGAUAUUUUUUUUUGUUUUUUGUUUCUUUUUUAAGAUGUAACAUCAAAUAGUCAAAAUUAGGCAUAGCCAGCGGAAGAUAAGAGCUAUCAGUUCAUAUAUUUACUUGUAGACAGUUCACAGUUGUUUAAAAAGGAAGGACGAGUUCUGUUUUUUUCGCGAA